UGAAACGGGCCAUUCAUCCGUUUUGAAACCUAAUCACAAUUUCGGAAAACACAAUGAAAAAGGGUUAUACUGUAUGACGUUUUUGCAUUUUGAAGAAGUGGGACAUUCGAGUGGCUCUCAGACUCGCCAAUGGGACGAAACUUAAUUUAAAUAAACGGAGUUCUGAAGCUGUUUUUCAUGAAUAAAGAGGAAGUUGCUUUCGUGCCUCUGCCUUUAUAAUCGUGGGCUAGAUCGGUAAAGCAGACAGACCAAAACCUUCAAACCGAUUUUCAACAUGAACGACGAUCGGAAAUAUUUAGUUUAUCAUGGGCUUUUACUUCCAAAAGAGACUCAUAAUGAAGACAGUCUGAUGUACGCUGCGGAAUUGCAAAUUCGAGAUGAUGAUAUUUUUGUAUUGACAUACCCGAAGUCCGGUACCACAUGGAUGCAAGAGAUUCUCCCAUUGCUUCUAAAUGGAGGAGACCUAACACCAGUUGAGACUAUACCAAACUGGGAUCGGGUUCCUUGGUUGGAGGAGACCAGGGCUGCUCUGGUUCUGAAAAAUCAAACCCUUCCGCGAGCCAUGGUCUCUCACCUGCCGUAUAAUCUCAUGCCUCGCACAUUCUUCACCUCCAAAGCCAAGGUCAUUUACAUCACCCGCAAUCCAAAGGACGUAGUAGUGUCAUCUUUUUACUUCCACAAGAUGGCGAGCUUUCUUGAUGAUCCAGGAACUUUUGAUGAAUUCCUGGACAAGUUUCUUUCUGGGCAAGUGUUGUUUGGAAAGUGGACAGAUCAUGUAAAAAGCUGGAGGAACACUGAUUUGGGAGACAGAAUUUUAUACAUAAAUUAUGAAGAUUUGGUGAAGGAUCUAACAGGAGCACUUUGCAAAAUCUCACAGUUCCUGGGAAGGAAACACACUCCAGAGAUAUUACAGAAAGUGGCCAUGCACUGCUCCUUCAGCAACAUGAAAAACAAUAGUAUGUCAAAUUACUCCCUGGUGCCACAAGACAUUAUGGACCGCAGCAAGUCAUCCUUCAUGAGGAAAGGGAUUGUUGGUGAUUGGAAGAACCAUUUUAGCCCAGAACAGGAGGAAAAAUUUACAACAAUCCUAAAGGAGGAAAUGAAAGGAACAUCCUUUAAAUUGGAUUGAGAGUCUUGGAUUAAGGAUAAACAAAUUAAGGAAAUAGUGGCCAUAAUAAUCAUUUUAAUAGGAAAAAAUAAAACUGUGUACUGCAUAUGUUGAACUUGAAUAACCUGAAUGAUUUAUCUGAUUGAAUCAAACAUAACGACAGGUGUAUUUUGUGUUUAGUAAUAAUUUUAUGUAACUGAAGGAAAAUGUGAAUGAGAAAUGCUAUAGUGAGAUUAUGAGAGUGAUACAUAUGUUUGGCUGAUCCUAAUAGUGAAGGGUGUGGAGCAAUAGUGUGUUGAAAGAGCUGAAUAUGUUUAGACAAGAGUAGCUAGAUAAUGAUAUUUUCCUGAUUGUGACAAAUAUCUUUUUAGGUAUACAGUAAUAAAUCUGUAAACCUGUCUUGUUUUAAUCAACAUAACAUUUUUUUAAUGCAUCACUGUAAAAACAAAAAUUCAUUUAGACGUUAUUUCAAACUUAUAUACUGUAUAGAGAUGGCUCAUUAAUUUGCUUUUUGAUAUACUGUAUUUUUCCUUCAUCAAAGAAGAAAAAAAAAGAAAACUCACUGGCAAUGACAUAACUGGAGCCAGAUACGAGACUUUUAUGUUAUUGUUACAUUUUAUUAUGUGCAGGUAAUCUGAAGGGAAGUCACGCAUAUACAGCUACACCAAAUAGACAGACAUAAGCAGCCCAUAAAUGAAACAUUGUAAAGUAUUAAAGAAUCACCAGAACCUUCACUUCAUCUCUUUGCAAGCAACAAUAUUGUAUCACACAAACACAAAAAAUAAGCACUGGAGACUCUUGUGUUGGCUUGAACACAAUGACUCCCAAACACUGAACAACAUGAACAAAGCUGGUAGACACCAUAUUGUUCCAAGCGGAUGCCAUCUUAUCAUACCACCCAUGCUUCCACCCCUCAGUAGCUCAUGUUAGACCUAACAAUGUAUGAUUUACUACAUUUAUAGGCAAUGAUGGUUGUAUGUAUAACUAGACGUAAGUCACACAUAAGUUGAAUAAUAUCUGUGUCCUGGUCCCCUGGUUAUCUCUACUGUAGGAAGAGAAUUAAAUUACUAGUGAUUUUAAGUGCAAAGUAUAUUACUAGGUCCACCAAAAGUAUUUUUUUAAUUUUAUUUCUUUUGCAUAAUGUAAUAAAGCAUAAUACAUCCACUUCCA